UGUCGCUCUUUUACGAGCUACGAAGAUAGAAACAGUUGAGGUUAGGUUAUGUCUCGCGUUGAACACCUGUCAAACUCGUAAAGGAACAAUUCAAUCCUCGAGAAAAAACACGAUCUUUUCAUAAUCAAUCAUGGCACGUUACUUUAGAGAAGAAGAUAUAGAUGAAUUUCGAGAAUGUUUCUAUUUGUUUGCUCGAAGCGGUCAAAUUCGUACACUUGAUGAGCUCACUAUAAUUAUGAGAUCCUUAGGGCUAAGUCCGACUAUUGCAGAAUUAAACAAAUAUAUGAAAGAUAAAGGUGGAAAAAUGUCUUUUGCUGAUUUCUUGGAAGUUAUGCAUCUUCAGACACGUGCAGAGGAUCUACCGAAAGAAGUGAUUAAAGCUUUUCAAGCUGCAGAUGUCUCCCACAGUGGUACUAUUCCAGCACGACAAUUGGCACAUAUGCUGCUUCAUUGGGGAGAACAAUUGAGUAGCAAAGAAGUGGAACAAAUUUUCCGGGAAGCCAAUGUAUCUCUAAAUGGAUAUGUUAAAUAUGAAGACUUUGUGAAAAUAGCCUGUGCACCUGUACCUGAUUAUUAUUAAUAUUGUUAAAAGACUCACAUUUAUAUAUAUAUUCUAUUAUAAUAUUUAAUAUUUUUACUAUAGAUGGAAAUGCACAUGAAAGAGGAAGAUUUUUUAUAUGACUACAAAAAAAAAUUAAUUUAUUACACACUUUUAUAAAAAAUUGUAUAACUUAAAAAUGUGGUUAUGGGACUUCCAUAGUUAUUGGAUAUAAUAAAUAUAAAGUUUGUUUCAUUA